CUUACCCUCAUCAGUACAGUAUUCUCUCUCACGCAGCCUGGUCAAGCCUUGAAAAUAUCCCGGUCGUGUGCGCCCCCUUCGUGCAUUUAGCUGGUUAGACUGGCGUGCCACUAAAUCCCAGCCUUGUACGCAAUCCAAAAAAAGGUGUCCUACGGACGCACUGGAUCUGGUCUCUUCUCGAAGUCUUGAAAUAUGCCGCGCGCGAGCAAGAAGGAUCCUGCUCGUAACGUUGGGUCGGGGCAAACGUACGCGACCGAAACACAGUCGCACCCAUCUCGCGCUACCCCCGUGCAUCGACUCCCUCUAGAGAUCCUCUGCCAUGUCUUCCAAUACACCCUUCCCCCCGUCGGUCCUGACUGGCUGUUUACCGAAAAUGCGCAUGUCGACCGGCAUCUCGUACUACGUGAGCGCCGUGCGCGCGGUUAUCAAACAAAGUAUCGCGCACCCGCUGUCCUGCUCGCCGUAUGCAAGAAGUGGAAGGCCGCGGCCGAGGGCGAUGCCGGUCUUUGGCAAAGGAUCCUCAUCGAUGACUUCGACAGCUCCAGGCAGGUCCGCUGGGCGGAGCUGCACGUGAAGCACUCCGGUAACCGUGCGCUGACCGUUCACAUCGACACGACGGGAUUGCAAGAGAUAAAAAAGCAAGGGCUUGAACAUCCAUCGCACACCCAAUUUCUUCAACCCAUUAUGGCGAAUGCGCACAGGUGGCGCGAACUUAUCCUUUACCCAGACGGGCUCACGCGGGACCAUCUUGCCAGUUUGUUCUCGACCUCUGCGCCUGGUUCGACGUUUCUGUUCUUCCGCUCAACAUUCGUCCCUACCACGCAGCGUAUGUAUGAGCAGUGGGUUACAUCAUCGGGGCAUGUACGGCGAUUGACGUUCGGGCGCGAAAGCCACACGCCUGCCCAUGUACGCAACUUCAUACGGGGAAUCUCGCAAGAUCUACGGGACCUGAGCUUGCAGGGAUAUCGCACCCCCGCUGAAGUGCUCGCGGUACUGCAGGGCUGCGCACAGCUGGAGAUACUCCAUGUGGCUUUGCUAGGAGUGGCGACGGGCCACGAACCGACCGAAGACAUAAGAGGGCUGCCGGUCGUGGUCGCUCGGAAUCUGCAUACUUUAUUGGUCGAAGUGUGGUUCCAGCUCGCGGACCCGUGCGUCGAAGUUAUCCAGCACCUGCAGGCACCACGUCUGCGCCAUCUCUCUGUAGAAGAUAUUCGACGUAGCCCAUCUGACGUGCAAGCCGGUUUCUGGUCCGACGUUAGCCACAUGCUCGUCGCAUCUCGCGCCAGGCUCAAGCGCCUUUCCUUCACCGGGAGAGUGAUGCAUCUUGCCAAUCUCAUCGCCCUGGAUCACUUCCAGGAUCUAGAGCAGCUGUCAGCAAAGGAGACGACUGUCCCUGGCUGGUUCGCGGAGAUGAUGAUCAUCGACGAGGACAGACACCAUCUCCCGCGCCUCCAAGAUCUGUCAUUGGGGACGUGCUGGGGCGACCCCCAAAGGUCGCUGGACAGGAUGGUGCUGUCGCGCCGGGGUACCUUGCGUGUCCUGGAUAUAGGGACGCUGGCACAUCCUUACGAUAUGACGGUCCUGCAGGAGGCGAGGGCGGAUUGGCUCAUGCUAUACAUAAGGAAUUCUUGACCCUUAGUUCGAUCGAAGUUGCUUCGCUUACAGAGCGUUCAUCAUUAUCAUCAGAGAAAAGAUGUAGAAAUACAAUGGCAUGACCGUACUAGAUAAUCACAGAAGAUAAUCUCAGAACUUCUCGUUCAGGUUGUCCUGCUCGCGAACGUCGUCAACGAGACCCAACCGCCUAUGAAUAUCCUCC